CAUCAAGAUGACCGGGGUGUGCCGGGGGGAAAGGGACCGCAGGAUGGUCUGAGAUGGUAAGGGCUACUGUUCUAUUGCGGGCCUGCCCUCAGGGCGUGGGAAUGAAGAUUAGAAAGACUAGGAAUCCAGGACUAGCAUUCGAUCAUGUGGAAGUUUCUGAGACUGGGGAGCCUGGUGAUGGGGGGUGGGGCCCGUGGGGGGUAGAGGAAGCCAGAAUCCUUUCCCAGGCUAACCCGGGCCCCUCCCUGUCCUCUGGACUAAAAUGGGUAAUACUUUGGGCCUGGCACCGAUGGGGAGUAUGCCCCGCCGGAGCCCCCGCCGAGAGGAACCUCUACCCAACCCUGGGAGCUUCGAUGAGCUGCACCGGCUAUGCAAAGAUGUAUUCCCAGCACAGAUGGAGGGAGUGAAGCUCGUUGUCAACAAGGUUCUGAGCAGCCAUUUCCAGGUGGCUCACACUGUGCACAUGAGUGCCCUGGGCUUGCCUGGCUAUCACCUCCAUGCAGCCUAUGCAGGGGAUUGGCAGCUCAGCCCCACAGAGGUGUUCCCCACUGUGGUAGGGGAUAUGGACAGCAGUGGAAGUCUCAACGCCCAGGUCCUGCUUCUGUUGGCAGAGCGGCUCCGAGCUAAGGCUGUCUUCCAGACACAACAGGCCAAAUUCCUGACAUGGCAGUUUGAUGGCGAGUAUCGAGGAGAUGACUACACAGCCACUCUGACCCUAGGAAAUCCUGACCUGAUUGGGGAAUCGGUGAUCAUGGUCGCUCACUUUCUGCAGAGCCUCACUCAUCGACUGGUGCUAGGAGGAGAGCUAGUUUAUCACCGGCGGCCGGGUGAAGAGGGAGCCAUCUUGACUCUGGCUGGGAAGUACUCRGCUGUACACUGGGUGGCUACAUUGAAUGUGGGAUCUGGCGGGGCCCAUGCAAGCUAUUACCACAGGGCAAAUGAACAGGUUCAGGUUGGAGUGGAGUUUGAGGCAAACACAAGGCUACAAGACACAACCUUCUCCUUUGGUUACCACCUGACUUUGCCCCAGGCCAACAUGGUGUUUAGAGGCUUGGUGGAUAGUAACUGGUGUGUAGGUGCUGUGCUGGAGAAGAAGAUGCCCCCGCUGCCCGUCACCUUGGCCCUUGGAGCCUUCCUUAAUCAUUGGCGCAACAGAUUCCAUUGUGGCUUCAGCAUCACUGUGGGCUGAGGUUGUCCCAGAGCCAGCCCCCACAGCUGGAACCUGAGUCAGGUGUCCUAGGGCCAGAGACUAGGCUCCUCUCCAGAGCCCACCUCGAUGGGUGACCUCUAGGUCCUAGGAGCAGAGUGGGGAACAGGACCAUACCCUUCUCAAAAUUGGCGCUGCCACUGGGUCAGCUGAUAAGGCAGUGGUUUGAGGCUCCCACUUCUGCCACCAGCCCCAGUAUCAUCUUCCCCASGCUCUCGUUGCUCUGGACUAAGGGAGAAGGAUUAAGGAAUAUGUCUGGUUGAACUCCCCCCUUCAUUUCCAUCUUUGUUUUCCUCUGGAUUAAAGCCCCUAGCUCCUUCCUCUCCAGAGCAGAAAAGACUGCAUGGGAUUAGCUUCCCCAUCCUGUUUUCCCAUCCCAGAGUCUCCCAAGGCUGAGAAAGUAGGGCUGAAGGGCUAAAUUUGGGGCAUUGAAAAGUGGGACCUACCCAUUCCCAGAAGUUUUACCUCUUAGCCUGAGGCUUCCUCUUCUUCAUCUUCUAUGCAUCCAAAGGACAACCUUACCCCCAUGGUCACCCCUGAGUACCCCAAUGAUCGCAUGAAGAGGCAUUUAUUGCUUUAGUCUUUCAUUACAAUCACUGAACUCCCUUUCUCCUCGUCCUAGCAAUUUCCCCUUUCCAGUCCAGUGUGUCCCAAGUGGGCUGGGGAAGAAGGCCAGGCUGGGGCU